UAAGAUCCACGAUUUUGUUCACAUUUCAGUCGUGGUUUGUGCUACGUCGAGACAUAAUCACCAAAUACAUACCAAAGUGCGGAGUGAUGAGCGAGAGUGUCGACGAAGUGCAAAUAAAGUAAAAAGUUUUAAUAAUUAUGGCUGGUGGCGAUUACGCUAUGAAUAAGGCCGAACCGAACGGAAAACCAGUGGAAGUAGUUAAUAAUGAUAACCCAGAGCGAGCCUCAUGGGGUCGCCCCUUGGAGUUCAUCCUCGCCUGUCUGGGAUACGCCGUGGGUCUGGGUAACGUCUGGAGGUUCCCCUACCUAGCCUACAGAAAUGGCGGCGGUGCUUUCCUUAUACCAUUCUUCCUCAUGUUAUUAAUUAUUGGGCUUCCCAUCUUCUUCCUCGAGUUGUACGUUGGUCAGUACACCGGUAUUGGACCCCUGCAGGCUUUCUCCGCUAUAUCGCCUUUCUUCAGUGGCCUUGGAUACUGCACUCUGGUCGUCAUCACUCUGAUCUCCAUCAACUUCAUGAUUAUCAUCGCGUGGACUCUGUUCUAUACCAUUGUGUCUAUCGCCGGGAAUUUGGAUUGGGGAUCUUGUGAAAAUCCCUACAAUACUGAUGCUUGCUACAGCGGUGAAUACGACAAAGCUUGCCGAGAAAACAAUACAGGCGCAGCUUCUGAUCUUACUUAUUACAUGAGACAGUGUAUGAGCAUCGGACAAAUCUGUAUGGACACCGGAUUCUUGCCAUACGACGGAAAUUAUUGCAUGAAUGUGACUGAAACCGUGCCUUGGUACUCAAAUGCUACCAGGAUUUUGGCUUCUGAAGAGUAUUACAAGUAAGUGUGAUUGUGUGGUACCGUACAUUUGAGAA